CUAGCACCGCAGGCUGCACGGCGAACCGAACCAGGAAGUCCACGAAGUUCCUAAUUAACACCACUUUGAUAUCUUAAACAAAACCAUGACUUCUGCUGCCUCUCCGACUAUCGGGGAGUUAUACCUCACACUCAGUGAGAUGGGAUUCACCGAAGAGCAGAUCCAGUCCGCUAUGCAGGCGGGGCAUUUUUCUGUGGCGGAUGCAGCUGAGUGGCUCUUACAGGGUCAGAAUCCACGGCACAGGCUGGUCAAGCAGUCAUCGCAGCCGGCUGAAACAGCAUUUUCUGCUUUCAACCCUCCGAAAGAGUCUACGAGCUCGUCUGAGUCGCAGUCGUCUGACAGUAGAGGGAGUUCUUCAUUAAUGCUGAGACCAUCACAGUCAUCCAGCAUGUCCCCAGAGCCGCAGCCGGUCGAGUCCCGCAUCAAACAGGACAAAAGUGACUUUGAGGAUCAACAGAGGCAACGUGUCGCUCAGGAGGCCAGAGCAGAGAAAAGACAAAAGAAACAGGAGCGUGAGUUGGUGUUGAAGCGGAUAGCUGAGGAUCGGAGGAGCCUGCAGGAGAAGAUCCAGACCAGCGCCGCAGCAGAGACGUCUCCACCGAGCACUCAAGCGCAAAAGCUUGGAGGAAAAGUUGAAACUAACGUGGAUAACAACUGUAUCCUCAUGAUCCGGCUGCCGUCUGGCGAGUCCAUGCGUGAGCGUUUCCCAGCCGACGCCCCCCUCCGCAGCGUCGUGGAGCACAUCACCGGACGUCACCCCUCCCUGCCCACCUUUUCACUCCUCCAGGGGUUCCCACGGAAACGUUUCGGGGAGGCGGAGCUCGCUUGCUCCCUGCGUUCCCUCGGCCUCACGCCCAACGCAGCGCUGUGCAUUCAGACCACUCCUCCAGAGACGCCUCAGGAUCCUCCCAGUCCCGCUGCAGAGCUGCCGUUGGCGCUGCCAGUGGAGCAGAUCGAGCCGGCUCCGUGCGUUGUGCUUCCCCAGCCGCAAAUCCCUAUUGAGGAGGCGGCGGAGGGGCUAGACCCUGUUUUACCCCCUCCGCUACCCAACCAGCUGUGGGAAGAGGCGGCGAAUUACGCAGGGAUCCCAGGAGUCGGUCCUUCUCUAUCUGGGCCUUCUCACUUCUGGGGGCGAGGCCAGAGAUUGGUUCCUGGAAAUCUUGAGGAGGCUGUUGGCAUCGAGGUGGACGAGGAACAAGAGGGAGAGGGGGAGCCGCUUGAUUUGCUGAACGGAAUGCCGAGGCUGCCUUUUUUCCCGGAGAACAGGAUUCGUGCAGGAUUUGAGCCCAGGCACCACUGGCCAGAACAAGGCAAUCGACUUAGGGAGGCCCAAGAAGAGGUCCUAGAGGAGCCUGAGGAUGCAGGAGCUCGGGUGGCGCCCGGAGCUGCAGGUCUGGCUGCAGUGGAGCGUCUUCAAAGAGCCGCACAGCAAGAAGACCCCCGUGCCUCCCAGGGGCAGCCGUCACCCCCUAAAAAACCCUUCAGAGCACCCAGCGUGCCGUCCCUAUGUGCCUUGGCCACCCGCGCCACUGUUCACCUCAUGACUGCUCCCAGCAUGCAGUACAGCAGCAGUCUGGCAGGUCUGACCCCGGAGCUUGCCGAACUUCUGCUCAACCACAUGUCCCGCGAGAGACUCCUACGUCCACGAACGUUGGAGCUCUUCUUUGGCUGCCCUUUGCAAAAAUUUGUCCUGAACUGCUACCCGUACUCCACCAAUGAGCUCCUGCGUCAGCUGCGGGCCUUCACAGCGCUGAAGCAUCUGAGUCUGGUCAACUCGCCCCUCAUCACUGACUCUGGCUUGUCAAUCCUGUCCAGCCUGGUCAAACUCCAGUACCUCAACCUGGCCUCCUGUAGCAAACUGACCGACUCCUGUCUGCAGCAUAUCACAGGUUUGAAGAGCCUGUGUUUCCUGUCUCUGGACCAGACCAAAGUGACCGACGCCGGGAUGGUGCUGUAUCUCCAGUGGGCUCCGUCCUGCCUCUUACAGCUCAGCCUGAACCAGACGGCGGUAACCGAAGCCACGCUUGCUGUGCUGCCCACACGUGUGCCACAGCUGCGGCUCCUCAGCAUCAAACAGACGAAGGUUAAGGAUGUGUCAGCUUUGGCAGAGCUCUCCAACCUGCAGACUCUCAACCUGGAUGGGACAGGUGUGACAGAGGGCUCUCUAGAGCACAUUGCCACCCACCCUACCCUGUCUUCCCUCAGUUUGGCAGGUAUCCCUGUCAUGGACGGCAACCACGCCCUGCAGAUCAUCUCAGGUCUAAGGUUGAGUCAGCUGACCCUCCCUGGACGCCACUCCGUGACAGACAGCGGACUGUCAUUCCUCUCUAGACUGUCUCUGCUGUCGGAGCUGGACCUGACAGACUACACGCAGGUCACAGAUCAGGGAGUCAGCCAGCUCUCCACCAUGACCAGGUUGAAGAAACUGUCACUUAGCAACACUCAGGUGACAGACGCAGGGCUCCCCUCUCUGCGGUGCCUCCAGGAGCUGCAGGAGCUCUGUUUGGACCGAACAGCCGUCACCAGCCGAGGAGUGGCGGACCUCAUCAUCUGCCUGCCGCACCUCCAGGUGUUGGGUUUAGCAAGCACUCAAGUGGGAGACACAGUAGUGAGGAGAGGUUUGAUCCGUUGCAAUCAGCUGGUUAAGCUUAACCUCAGCCGCACCCGGAUCACAGAUCACGGUCUGAAGUUCCUGAAACACAUGCAUCUGGCUCAGGUGAACCUUGACGGCACCGGCGUGAGUCUGACAGGCAUCGCGAACCUCCUCACGUUCACCAACAUCAGCAGCAUCCGGGCCAGCAACACUCGCACCAUUUCCCCCGACGACGUAUCAGAUGAGGAGUGGGAGGCUCAGUGAGCGUCGAACCUUCCUUCUCCUCCCGAUCGGUCGGUCCACAUAUAACCCUAACCCUCCGAGCACGGCUCUGAUCUGACUGACAAGCUGCUGCCCCUCCCCCCCACCCCCCGCAUCCCUCGUUCCCUCUUAAAAAAACAAAAACAAAAAAACAGCCUGAGCAGCGAAACACUCCAACUUGCACUGUUUCAACAGCAGCUCGUGCCACUAAUCUUGUCAAUCAUGCACGCCCGCCACCCGAGUUGAAACUCAUAAAACGAGGAGCCUUCUUUAAAGAAAAAAAAACAAACAACGUAGGCCAUCUUUAACGUUUACAGAUGUAGAAUCAAUCAGUAUUUAAUAAGCAGAAGAAGAAGAAGAAGAAUUAUAGCAUAAAGCUGCAGCCCUUUUCGUUUUUCUUCUCUGGGAAAACUCCACCUAACAAAAAAAACCGUUGUAGCUUUAAAGCUUCAUUGUGCAGCCUUAAAGGUUGGAGAUGUGUGUGUGUUUCCUCUGGUUGAAACCACUUUGUUAAAACCAGCCUAGCAGACAGGGAACGUACGUUUUAUGUUGGAAAUGUAACAUAAAUAACACACAGCAUGUAUUUUCAGACUGCAACAACUAACGGCCUGAUAUAUAUAUAUAUAUUAUAUUUAGACGUUUAGACCCUAAAUUCUCAAUUCAACCGAAUGCGAAGGUUGAAAGGCUUGAAGGCUUUUUUUUUUUUUGUUGGUGUUUUUUUUUUUUUUGGAGGCAGAUAAUGUCUUCCAGUCACUUUAAAAGUUAAAAAACUAAUAUUGAAUGUUAAGCUGUACAUGUCAUGUUGGAUUUAGCAAGAAGAAUGAAUUGCCAACUUGGAUUGAGUUCAAUCUCCUGAUGUUUACUAGUAUUAGAUCUUUUUUUUUUAUGUGUGUGUGUGUGUGUGUGUGUGUGAGCUCCAAUUUAUGGUGCGCUAAUUGUCCAGUGUUUGUAACAUGCUGCAAACACUACUUAACCCAAAAAAAAAAAAAAAAGACAAGACAAAUCUUUACUUUUUUUUUUUUGUGGUAAUAAUUAGAAGUAGACACACGUGAGAAAUGUCGAGAGCUUCUGUUGGUUUAUUAUCUGCUUUAAAUCCAUAAAAAUGAAUGAAUAAGAAAACCCAUGUUGUUAAAAAUGUUUGCUCACAUUCUGCUUUUCAUGUUUCAUUUUCUGGUUAUCACUACAUACCAAAUUAGUAUGUUUUAAAACACCAACGCUGGAUGAUAUACAGUCUCUUUCGGCAUUGAUUGGACCCUUUUUUUCUUGGUUUAAAUUAUAAAAGAUGGUUGUUUUAACACCACACAAGAAUCUCAUGAGAAACUGUCAUUUUAACAUUAUUACAUAACAAAAGUGAUGAUUUAAGUUAUAUUAGAAAAACAUUUUGUACGUUAUUUUUUCCUAAUGGUGGCAGCAGGGUUAUCACUACAUAUCAAAUAAGUCUCUUUAGUCAUUGAUUGGACCCUUUUUUUCUUAUUUUAAAUUAUAAAAGUGUGAUGUUAAAACAACAAACCGAACCUCAUGAGAAACUGUCAUUUUAACAACUCUGAUUUUGAUGUUUUAAGUUACAUUAGAAACUAAUUUGGUGUGUAGUAAUAAGUUAGGGGGCAAUUGUUUUGUUUUGAAAUGGUGGCAGCAGUGCUUUUAGGUAAUGUUAACACCACUCUAAUAUGACAUGAACACAGCUUUUACUGAGAGCUUUAGAAAGAAAGGUUAAUAACUCACUAAAAUACUCACCAAUAGAUCAUUUUUCCUUUUUCUGCUGCAUCCUGGAGAUGUUUUGGCCUUGGUUGGGGAGUGUUUUAUAAAGGAGAUAAAUGGUAUUUAUCUUCUAUCUCUGGUUAUGCCAAGAAAAUGGACAGUUCAGUUUAAUUUUUUUAAGUUAUCUUGAAGAAAACUCGAGGGUUGGAUCUUAUUGCAGCCGUUGGAGGUGUCACAAGCAAGAAUCCAAAGCAACUACUUCUAAAAACUUCACUUUGUCCUCUUGUUUACAGAGAUGUACAAUAGUUUAUUUUCCCUAAAUAUUAAUAAUAAUAAAAAAAAGCUUUUGAUUUUUGGAUACAAGCACUGUAUUCGUGUAAAAAUAAAAAAAUAAAAAAAAUGAAUAAAAGUCUUCUUCAA